GCCUUCAUCUUAGACUCGAAACUAAACGGCCUAUAAAUAUCAUCUUAGUUCUCAUUUCUUCAGACAACUCAAAUGCUCUUCAGCUCAUAAAGUUCAGUCUAAUCUGUGAAGAAUUUCAGGCUUAUAGAUAGUUAAGAGCGUAGAGAAACAACCAUGGGUGUUUUCACAAAUGAAAUUGAGAUUACUUCCCCAAUCCCCCCAACCAAGUUAUUCAAGGCCUUUGCUCUUGAUUUCGACACCCUUUUCCCCAAGGCUAUCCCCAAUGCAAUCAAGACUGUCGAGCUCCUCGAAGGAGACGGCAGCGUCGGAAGUAUCAAGAAGGUCACGUUUGCUCAAGGGUGGGGAUCAGAAUCAUCAGAUUACUUGAAGCACAAGGUUGAUGAAUUAGACGAAGACAAUUUAUCGUACGCUUACACCGUGUUCGAAGGCGGCGUUUUGAGGAACAUAUACGAGAAAAUCAGGUUUGAGACCAAGUUUGUCAAGGCACCGGAUGGAGGAACGAUUUGUAAGAUGACGGCCAAGUUUUAUACCAUUGGCGACGUCGAGUUCAACGAAGACCAAAUCAAGGCCGAUACCCAGAAGCGAGCCGGAGCUUUCAAGGUUGUUGCAGAUUAUCUUUUGGCAAAUCCCUGUGCCUAAAAUCAUAGGUAGCUUCAGUGGUAUGCAUUCAUGCUUUUUAUGAAAAGAAAAAAAGGAAAAAAAAACCGUAUUUGAUUGGGUAAUAAGAGCGAUUCAAUCUGGAA